GCGCCGUCUCCAUAACACAAGCACUGGGCCUUCCCACCGCUAACUUGUCGCAUCCCCCGCUUUUCACGCAUCUCUACCCACGCGCACUACCCCGUAAAAGGCUUCCGCACCCCCAGUCUCCUACAAGGACACCAACACACGCCAAAUCAACAACAAGUCGCAAUCAUGGCCGAGAAAGAAGGCGCCGCUGUGCCCCCUCAGGCAAAGAGCUCGUGGUCAAGCUUCCUCAAGUCCAUCGCCUCCUUUAAUGGCGAUCUUUCGACUAUGACCGCGCCCGCCUUUAUCCUCUCUACAAAGUCGCUCACCGAGUUUUCGUCCUACUGGACCGAGCACCCGUCCCUGUUCGUCGCGCCCGCCGCCGAGCAAGACCCUGCUAAACGGGCUAUGCUGGUGUUGAAGUGGUUCCUAAGCACAUUGAAACAACAGUAUGCUAGUCGGUCUGAGAAGUUGGGUAGCGAGAAGAAGCCCCUCAACCCGUUCCUGGGAGAGCUAUUCUUGGGCAAAUGGGAAGAUGAGGCUGGCACCACGCAGCUCGUGAGUGAGCAAGUCAGUCACCACCCACCAGUUACUGCCUACGCUAUCUGGAACGACAAACACGGGGUCCGGCUAGAGGGUUACAAUGCCCAGAAGGCAUCGUUCAAGACCACCAUCAAUGUCAAACAAAUUGGACAUGCCAUGCUUCAUCUGGAUGGCUUCAACGAGAGCUAUCUCAUUACUCUCCCUUCUCUUCACAUCGAAGGCCUUAUUACCGGUUCACCAUAUGUGGAGUUGAACAGCAGCACCUACAUCCAAUCCUCAACUGGAUACACCGCGCGCAUCGAUUACAGCGGGAAGGGCUGGGUAUCGGGAAAGAAGAACACUUUCUCUGCAAUUCUAUAUCCCGAGGGAAAGGAGAAGGAGGUCAUCUACAAGGCAGACGGACAAUGGAACGACACAUUCCAGAUCAAAGAUGCAAAGACCAAGACUGUCGUUGACACAUUUGACCACAAGACCACCAAGACGACACCCCUGACUGUCGCCGAGAUUGAGGACCAGGAUGAUUUUGAGACGCGAAGAGCGUGGAAGAAGGUUUCAGAUGCCAUCAACUCGGGCAACAUGGAAUUGACUUCGGCUGAAAAGACCAUCAUCGAGACUCGCCAGCGAGAGAUGAGACAGCAAGAAAAGGACGAAAGUCGCGAGUGGGAGCGCAAGUUCUUCACCCGUGCAACGGAAUACCCACUAUUUGAGCAACUUGCCACGAAGAUUGGCGAGAGCGUCAACGACAGCCAGACAAACGGCGUGUGGAGCUUUGACAAGCAGAAGGCGGACACAGCCAAGUCGCCCUACCACCCGACCGUUGUUCCUCCGAUCUACGAGCGAAAGUGAAGUAAUGUAUUUUGACACUUUCUUCAACCUCGAACGGUUGCUGUUCGUUAUGGAUUAUGAGAGUUAUAAUGCUGGAAGAAGAAUCAGGGCGAAGGGAAAGGGCCAAUGGUGGUGAAGAAGGAAAUUUCGGUGGGGUUUGUGCACAGGGAAAACCACGUAUAUGGAACGAUGGGUGAUGCAAAGGCAUCUUAAUGAAGGAUUUUUAUAAACUAGGUAUAAAAUACAAAAGAGGCCCAACAAAACUUUGGAGUUAAUCCCAAGGAACAUCAGGUCAGAAUGAUGGUG